AUUAUUAUUAUUGAGAAAUUUUUUUCCUUCUUUCCUUAAUUUCUAGUCUAAUAGUAUUAUAUUUUUAAGUCUCUCUGGAUUUUCUUAAAUAGCAGUUGGAUUUUAUUCUUACUGCAAAGAAAGUAUAGUAGCAUGCACUGCAAAUCACUCACACCUGUGAGACUACUCAAGCAAGGAAUGAACACACCCUCCCUGCUCUUGUAAUUGCAAUAUUUACUACUAUGUUUCCAAAAAAAUCUCUCUUUCUGCAAAACCAAGUUGGGUUUUUCAACAAUUAUACAUUUCAUCCCCUCAAUUUACACUAGGCUUCUACCUAUACUUCAAUUCUAUUCAAACCUUCCUUCUCCUUUUAACUUUCUUAAUUCUACCUAUACCCUCCAACCUUCCCUAAUAAUUAAUUAAGCUUUAAAUAAACCCAUCUCUCUCUCUGUCUCUCUCUCUCUCUCCCUGCCUUAUAUAAAUGGCCCUUUAGAUGUUCCACAGCAACAACUUGACCAUAUUGUUUGCUGCUACUGGUGGUGGUGGUGGUGAUGGUUUUGGCAAUAGUGGUGGAGGCAGAGGAGGUAUUACCAUCAGUAACAACUCACCUUUAAGUAAUUGUAGCUGAGGUGUUUGUGUUUGUGUUUCUCCCAGUUCAGCUCUAGUACUCCAUCUUCGCCCAGCCAUUCUGGGCCCUCUCAGACUCUUCUUCCCUUCUGCUGUAAACUAGGUUCUUCAUCUCCUCAACUUCAAGACCAUGAGCCGAAACGGGAAGAGUCCAAAGCUGGAUUUAAAGCUGAACCUUUCCCCACCAAGGGUGAACCCAAGACUAGUGGUGGAUUCACCGAACAGGUCAGUAUCAAUGUCGCCGACAAGCUCAUGUGUGUCGUCGGAGCUGAGCCCAGAUGAGACACUGAGAUACUCAGAUAGCCCAGAGGCAACAUCGAUGCUGUUGGUGGGAUGUCCCCGUUGCCUAAUGUAUGUGAUGUUGUCUGAGAAAGACCCCAAAUGUCCCAAAUGCAAGAGUACAGUUUUGCUUGAUUUCCUCAAUGACACCAACAUCACCAACCAUCACCCCACCAACAAGAAGUCAAUGAGGGACUAAGGCUAUCCAUCAUAUAUAUAUAUAUAUAUAUAUGCCCCAUAUGCUAACGCUGACACUGAUGAUGCUGCUGCUGAUGAAGUUUUUUUCUUUCCAAUGAUUUAAGUACUAGUAGUGCUUCUCUUUGUCCUUUUAGAUGCUUAGAUGCUAUGACCCAUCUAUGGUUAUAGGUUUUGUUUUAGUUCUCCCCAAACCCAUCCCUUUUCUCCCCCUUCUUGUAUCCCUUCUUACAAUAGAGCAGCAGCAAUGUCAAUACGAACAGCAGUUCUGUUUUCAGUUCA